UACAAAAACAUACAAAAACAUACAAAAACAUACAAAAACAUACAAAAACAUACAAAAACAUACAAAAACAUACAAAAACAUACAAAAACAUACAAAAACAUACAAAAACAUACAAAAACAUACAAAAACAUACAAAAACAUACAAAAACGUACAAAAACGUACAAAAACGUACAAAAACAUACAAAAACAUACAAAAACAUACAAAAACAUACAAAAACAUACAAAAACAUACAAAAACAUACAAAAACAUACAAAAACAUACAAAAACAUACAAAAACAUACAAAAACAUACAAAAACAUACAACAACAUACAAAAACAUACAAAAACAUACAAAAAAAUAAAAACAUACAGAAAAUACCAAAAACAAACAAACGAAAAAGCAAGUUUCAACGUCCAAUGAUGUACUUGAUCAAAACUUUUAAAGAGCCAAACCCCUUUAAAAUACAUUUAAAUUCGUCUCAAUUCUAGAUGAUUUCUCUUAAAUUCUUCAAUUCCCGCCAAUUUCUCGUAAAAUACCUCAAAUGUCUCGUAAAUUCCACGAAAUACCCUUUCCUUAUACACUUACUUUCACUGCAGUUUACUCCUCGGAAUAUUAUUACGUUGACUUUCCAAUGUCUAACCCAUGUAUUGUCUUUUGCACGCUGAUAUGUGUGCAUAGAGUAAGAAGGAAAGCCCGCUCAUGCGACACGUCGCGCGCGACUGAUUGCGGGGCAUCGCGCGCGGCAAUACUUUAGAUGUUUUUAAAUGUUUUCAAAGCCCAUUAACGCGGUUCUGUCGCGUAGUCGCACGCGGCUGUAAAUUAGAAAUAAGCCCGCGAUUUUCCUGCCGCACGCGGUCAGCGUUAUCAUGGAUACAUAUGAAGCAUCACUCAUACAAACGUCAAGUCGCGUGCGAAACGUCAGUUGAGAGUUGGAGUUUCCUGUUAACUUUUACACAGUUCCAGUAAAAAAAUGUCCGACAGUUGUAUUGAUAUAGAUGAAUUUAUAUCCGAUAUGCAACACCAACCUCAAAUAUUGAACAGUUAAUUGAAAUAAAAUAGCGAAAAAAUAUUUGUUCGGGAAUCUGCUCUAGCAGUUCGCUAAAUGAAACUACUCUCAUUCUGCAAUGUUUAAAGAAAUUAUCUUCGUGUUGACGUAAAUCCUUAUAUAAUAAAUUAAUUGCGCCUUUUACAUAAGGGUCUAUAAAUAAUGGAUGAACCCAGUACCUGCGUCGUUUCAAUUUUUUCCUCUGACGAACAGAAUAAAACAACACCGUUGCUACUUUUCCACCUCUAUUUUGAUACUGUCGCUUCUUGUAGUCUGUUAAAAAUCGAACCUUAAAAAUCGCAUGCGGCAGGUCGCGCGCGAUAUGUUGCGUAAGUGGGCUUUCCCUCUAUUGCAGGUCAUAAAUAGCAGGGUGUUUUGCUCUAGCUUCAAUAAGUUUUUCAUCUUCCAAUGCUGGAAAGUUUAGCUUCGGCGUCACGAUUUUAUUCGACUUUAUGCACAUAAAUGUUCUGAAACACAUACAAUAAACAGCACGUGCGCGAGAACCGUCUAUGUUACACUUUCACGUCAAAAAUGUCAAACUCAAGAUAAAACAAUUAAUUUUUUUCAAGAAUGUGAUUUUUUUCAUACACCGUUGUUAAGAGGCUUCCAAGACCUUACAAAUGAAGUAUCACUCAACCCCUCAUCCCUAUUUUAUUUUUAGGGGUUGAAGCGCCCCCUCAUAUGGGGUUGCUCGUUCAAGCCUCAAAUAUACGUCAAAAGAUGUCCCCCAAAGAAAAUCUUCCGACAUAUUUCGGGAAAUUUUUCCAAUUACUAUGGGAUAAGAAAUAUACGGGGUGGCUCGUCUGAGAUGGAACACCCUGUAUAAAUAUCAUUUUGUCAUUUUUUUUUGUGUCCAAAUUUGUUUGUCAUGUGUUAAAAAUGGAUGACUAUUGUUGGAUUUUUAGAAUUCAAUUUAACUUUCCUCAUUCUUGUAAAAGAAUCGAUAUAUUAUAUUUUAGGUUU